AUGGGUCUGGUGUUCAGCAUUCUCCAAACCAUAGUGAUCUGCGCGCUUUGCUUCGUGCUUUGGUACCUCGCCAAGAGCGUCUUCUUGCGUUCGCCAUUAGAUAACGUCCCGGGGCCUGUUUCUCAAUCCUUCUUGAAAGGAAACUUUGGCCAGCUCCUCGAUCGCACAGGCUGGGAUUUUCAAUGGGAAAUCGGCGAGAAGUAUGGCUCAGUGGUGAAGCUGAACGGGCUACUCGGAAGCAAGCACCUGUUCGUGUUCGACCCGCUGGCGCUGUCCAGUGUCAUCGUCAAGGAUCAGUAUGUCUAUGAGGAGACCCCCGACUUCCUCGGGUCGAUGCAUCUCAUGCUGGGUGAUGGCCUGCUUGCAACCCUAGGCGAGCGUCAUCGCAAACAGCGCAGGAUGCUCAACCCCGUAUUCUCCAUCGCCCACAUGCGACAUAUGGUCCCCAUCUUCUACAGGAUCACUAACAAGCUAAGAGAUGCCAUUGCUGUGCGUGUCAAAGAGGGCGUGCAAGAGAUCGAUAUUCUGGACUGGAUGGGCCGCACCGCGCUGGAGCUUGUUGGACAGGCUGGACUUGGAUACUCGUUCGAUCCGUUAACGAGUGAUGCGUCUGAUGACUUUGGCAAGGCCAUUAAGAGCAUUGUGCCUACGCUGUUCCCUCUUCGUAUAGUUCGCCCCCUACUGCCGCUUGCAAUGAAGUUUGGCCCGCCCUCCUUCAGGCGGCGUCUGGUGCAGAUGUCUCCGAACCCACACAUCCGCCGUGCCGGCGAGAUUUCCGACGCGAUCGCCGAGCACUCGCACAGGAUUUAUGAAGAGAAGAAGGCCGCGCUGGAGAGGGGCGACGAGGAUGUUACGCACCAGAUCGGCGAGGGCAAGGACAUCAUGAGCAAGCUCAUGCAGGCGAACAUGGCUGCGUCCGAGGAGGACAGGCUGCCCGAGGACGAACUAUUGGGCCAGAUGUCGACGUUCAUCUUCGCAGGCAUGGACACCACGUCCAACGCGCUCGCACGCACGCUGGACUUGUUGGCAAAGCACCCGGAGGUGCAGGAGAAGCUGCGUGCAGAGAUCCAGGAAGCCCGCCGCAACAACGAGGAGAUCCCUUACGACCAACUCGUGGAGCUGCCAUAUCUAGACGCCGUUUGUCGUGAGACGUUGCGCGUGUGUGCCCCGGUGCCGUUCCUUGUUCGAAACACGGGCAAAGACAUGGUCAUGCCUCUCUCGACACCCAUACGCGGCAACGACGGUACGAUGAUGAAUGAGAUACCGGUGCCGAAAGGUACUGGGAUCCUCAUCGGUAUCCUCGCGUGCAACCGCAACGCGGAGAUAUGGGGCCCCGAUGCGGCAGAGUGGAAACCCGAGCGCUGGCUCAAGCCGCUCCCGGAGGCGGUCACGAAUGCGCACGUGCCUGGCGUGUACUCACAUCUGAUGACGUUCUUGGGAGGUGGACGGGCUUGCAUUGGCUUCAAGUUCUCUCAGCUAGAAAUGAAGGUCGUCCUCGCUGUCCUGCUCUCCUCCUUCACUUUCGAGUCCGCCGGCAAGGAGAUCUUUUGGAACGUCGCAGGUAUUCAGUAUCCUACCAUCGGGCUGAACCCGAAGCCUGAGAUGCCCAUGAAAAUCGGUUUCGCAAAGGGCCUGUGA